AUGGCCGCCGCCAAGCGUCGCAAAGCCAUCAACCGAUUCAUAUGGUUGGGGUCGGAGGCGUGGGCCUGUCGGGAGUCGGUGGUCAGGAAUCACGAGCACGUGGUGGAGGGGGCCAUCACUGUGACGCCGCUGGUGCGACCCAUCGACGGCUUCGUCGAGUACUUUACAUCCCUGACCCCACAGAAUAACAAACAGAAUCCGUGGUUCAGUGAGUUCUGGGAGGAGCACUUCAAGUGCAAACUGGCCGACGAACACACUACGCCCUUCAACGAGCCCUACCCCCACUGGUGCUCACCCUCCAAGACUAUAGCCCCCGACUUUCGGCAGACACCGACUCUGCACUUCGUGAGGGACGCCGCCUAUGCCUUCGCCCACGCGCUCAAUGAUAUGCACCGCCAGAAGUGCGGCGAUGUGUCCGGUCUCUGUCCGGCAAUGGCUGACAUCGACGGCUCAGAGCUGAAGAAAUACGUGGAGAAAGUCAACUUCAAAGACGAAAGCGGCAAAACAUUCCGAUUCCUGCCCAGUGGUGACGCCCCCCCGCGCUAUAGUGUUAUGAACUUUCAGCGCCUCCCGAACGGCUCGUUUGAAUGGAGACCUGUCGGCACUUAUAUGCUGGGCAAUGACGGGGACGUCGCUAAACUCGAUCUAGAUAUAAACGCUAUGCGUUUCAAGCAGGACCAACCACACUUCCCUAGGUCAUUCUGCAGUGAGCCGUGUAAGCCGGGUCAGGCCAAACUACAACUGGAAGGCGAUACGUGUUGCUGGCUUUGCACCAAUUGUUCACUCUAUCAGUAUUUAGCCGAUGAAUACCACUGCGAAGACUGCCCUUUAGGUAAAUCA